UAUUGCUUCCUUUCUGGUGAUCAUGUCAGUUCAGGGGCGGACUGAACAUUUGGAAACUCGGGCACUGCUCGAGGGCCUGGGGUCAGUAGGAGGCCCCAUGAGAUGCCCCUGGUACCUUUUUCAUAGGCUUUUUUGAGUUUGGGCAAGGACACAGGGGCCCCAUGAUCCCCUAUUGCCUGGGGGCCCCAUGAGUUGUCAGUCCGCCCCUGUUCCGCCCCUGCUUUGGAGUCAUUGCCUUACUGACCAACACU